CCACGUACACUUCGUGUCAUUUCCUCGCCAUCUCUCUCUCUCUCUCUCUCUCUCUCUCUCUCUCUCUCUCUCUCUCUCUCUCUCAAUUUUACAUCUUCUUCUUCUUCCAGCAUAAUGCAGACGAGUAUGUUAAUCUCGCACUCUCCUAGUUUCAACGCCUACUCCUCCUCCAACCGCCUCGCUCAGAUCGCCGCAAGAGUCGUCAGCGAGUUUCGUCAGGAACUCGACGAGGCUGGUCUGGAGGACCUUGACGAUGUCUACGACGACAACAACAACAACCACGGCCAAUUCUCACCGCCGCGGAUAGAGCAAGAAGCUCGUCACGAUGACGCCAUGGAGGCGGAUAAGGGAGAUCAUAAUGAUGAGGAGGAGGAGGAGGAAGAGUUUGAGUUUGCUUUUGUAUGCAGAGAGGCGCCGACGUCGCCGAUAGCGGCGGAGGAGGUCUUCUACAACGGCCAGAUCAGGUCGGUAUACCCGGUCUUCGACCAGAGCUUGCUUCUACAGGUUGAUGACGUGGAAGCAGUGGAUAAAGACUCGGAGAAAUCUCCGGCGGCGGUUACGAAGCCGCGUCGUCUGCCGCUAGGAAGGCUGAUGAUCGAGGAGGAGCGCGAGAACGCCGCGUCGUGCUCGUCUUCCGAGGCCGACGACCUCGAGAACCUUCCACCCGGCACUUACUGCGUGUGGGCCCCUCCCAAGUCGGGGUCGUCCGGGAAAGGCGGAGGAGGAAGCGGCGGGGGCGGGGGUUGCGAUAAGAGCGGCUCGACCGGGUCGUCGAAGAGGUGGAAGUUCAGGGACCUUCUUUCUCGGAGCAGUAGCGACGGCGCAAAGGAUACUUACGUCUUUUUUGCCCCCACAGCGAAGAUUGCGGAGAAGGAGAGCGGUAACGUCAUCGUCGCCCGGAAAGUGAGGAGCGGUAAAGGAGUGGCGGAUGGGGAUAAACGACGGUCGUAUUUACCCAACAAGCAGGACCUGCUAGGGUUUUUCUCUAAUGUCAAUGGGCUUAGCAGGAAUUUGCAUCCAUUCUGAACAAGAACAAUGCAUGUAUGACUAAUUUUUAUUUUUAUUUUAUUUUUGGGGCUUUCUGAAAUUUCAAUUAUGAUUUCAUUAGGGGAUUUUGAGCACAGUUUUUCAAUUAGUGAGUAGUUUCGGGUGUAAUCAGCUCAUAAGAAUUGGUUUCUUCAUUUUGUGUAAAUUUUAAGUGGAGAUAUGUC